AACCAACUCGAGUCAUCGAGUUCCACAGCUCUCGCGUCGCGCGCAGCCAAUCCCUCUCCCUCCGGCCUACACAGCCCACAACUCCCUUCUCCAUCUCUCUCUCUCUCUCUCGCCCGUGUCGCCCCCUGUUUGUGUACAACCCCAUGGCGACCCACGCCGGCGAGAACGGCAGCGGGCACGAGAACGGCGGCGGGCACGCGGAGUGGCGGUUCGCGCGGGCGGCGAAGGAGGGCGCGCUGGCCGUUGCGGGGGACAAGAUGAGCAUCCGGGCGGUGCGGUUCAAGAUCAGCGCGAGCCUGGACGCGCGCGACCCGCGGCCCGUGCUGCCGCUGGCGCACGGGGACCCCUCGGUGUUCCCGGCCUUCCGCACCGCCGCCGAGGCCGAGGACGCCGUGGCCGCCGCGCUCCGGACCGGCAAGUUCAACUGCUACCCCGCCGGCGUCGGCCUCCCCGAAGCCCGCCGUGCUCUGGCGGAGCACCUGUCGAGCGACCUUCCAUACAAGCUGUCGAGCGACGACAUCUUCGUCACCGCCGGAGGCACGCAAGCCAUCGAGGUGGUGGUCUCAGUCCUCGCGCAGCCGGGCACCAACAUACUGCUCCCGAGGCCGGGCUAUCCGAACUACGAGGCGCGCGCAGGGCUGCACAACCUGGAAGUUCGCCGGUUCAAUCUGAUCCCCGAGAGAGGGUGGGAGAUUGACAUCGACGGUCUGGAGUCGAUCGCCGACAAGAACACCACCGCCAUGGUCAUCAUAAACCCCAACAACCCUUGCGGGAGUGUCUACACCCGAGAGCAUUUGGCCAAGGUCGCGGAGGUGGCAAGGAAGCUUGGAAUACUGGUCAUCGCUGAUGAGGUGUACGGAAAUCUGGUGUUUGGGGACACCCCUUUCGUCCCCAUGGGUGUCUUUGGCCACAUUGCCCCUGUGUUGACCAUAGGAUCACUGUCCAAGAGAUGGAUAGUGCCUGGGUGGCGACUUGGUUGGGUGGCCGUAUGUGAUCCCAACAAGGUUCUGCAAGAAACCAAGAUCAUUGCAUCGAUCACAAACUUCCUUAACGUUUCAACAGAUCCGGCAACUUUUGUUCAGGGAGCGCUUCCCCAUAUUCUUAAGAACACAAAGGAAGAUUUUUUCAAGAGGAUCAUUGGUCUGCUAGCGGAAACAUCAGAGAUAUGUUUCAGCGGAAUAAAGGACAUCAAGUGCAUCACAUGCCCUCACAAGCCAGAAGGUUCCAUGUUUGUCAUGGUGAAACUAAAUUUGUAUCUUUUGGAGAGCAUCCAUGAUGAUAUUGAUUUUUGUUGCAAGCUGGCAAAAGAAGAGUCCGUGAUUUUGUGUCCAGGGAGUGUUUUGGGAAUGGAAAACUGGAUCCGUAUCACUUUCGCCAUUGAUUCAUCUUCUCUUCUUGAUGGUCUUGAGAGGCUGAAAUCUUUCUGCCAAAGGCAUAAGAAGAAGAAUUUGCUUAAUGGCCAUUAACUAUAUUCGACUUCAAAGUUGUUACCCACUUCCAUCGUUUUCCACUGUAUCAUCAACAAAAGUGUAACAUUGAAAUCCCUCAGAAGUAAUAAAGUUAAUGUUUAC